AAUUUAUAAACACAACCACUGAACUUGCAGAAACCCUCUCGAACCCUCACCCUCACCCUCUAAAAGAUUCACACAAUUUUUUAGAGAGAGAAAGAAAUUCACAUUCUCUUCGACAGUUGUUCUUGUUCAGAAGAGGGAGGGAAAAAAAAACUAACGAACAGAUAUGGCAGCCGGUAAGCGAUACGCGGUGCUGCUGUGCGCGGAGGAUUCGGAGUACGUGAAGAAGAUGUACGGAGGCUACUUUGGCGUGUUUAGGAAAAUGCUGGCGGAGGAAGGCGAGAGAUGGGAUGUGUAUAGAGUCGCCUGCGGUGAGUUCCCCAGCGACGAAGAAGUUGAGGCCUACGAAGGAUUCGUUAUCACCGGAAGCUGCAACGACGCCCACGGAAAUGAUGUUUGGAUCCACAGGCUAUUGGCGCUGCUGAAGCGAUUGGAUUUCAUGAAGAAGAAGGUUCUCGGGAUCUGCUUUGGCCAUCAGAUAUUAGGGCGUGCAUUGGGAGGAAAGGUGGGGCGUAACGUAUCAGGAUGGGACAUAGGAGUGAGAACCGUCAACUUGUCUUCAUCAUCGAAGAUCUUCUCAUCGCUUAAAGUGCCAGCACGUCUCCCUUUAAUCGAGUGUCAUCGAGAUGAGAUCCGCGAACUCCCUCCAAAAGCAGAGGUGAUCGGAUCGUCAGAUAAGACUGGGAUUGAGAUGUUCAGGUAUGGGGACCACUUUAUGGGGAUUCAAGGACACCCCGAGUACAACAAAGACAUUCUGCUCCACCUGAUUGAUCGACUUCUCAAAUGCAAAGACAUCAAGGAUUCGAUUGCGGAGGAAGCAAAGAAGAAUGUGGAGGAACUAGAGCCGAACAGGGAGGCGUGGAAGAAACUGUGUGUGAGCUUUCUAAAGGGGAGAUUGUGAUGACAAAUUAAAAUCAGAAGGGAAAAAAAAUGAAUUUGUAAAAAUAAUGAGAAUAAAGACGUAAUUGAGGUUAGGUGCAGUGUUUAGUGACCAGUUUAAGUUGAUUAUAUGUGGACCAAAGCUGCCAAUUUGAGGGGAGGAUGUGAGUUGCAAUUGGAUUAGGCGUAUAGCACCUUAAAAGGUUUGGCAAAAGUCAUUUACUUUCUUCAAUCAAUUAUGAAACGAAAAGUUGUUUAUUUGUUAA